UCCGUCACUUGACUCUGUUGCCGACCGACCGACCGUCCGGUGACGGUAUCUAUCUUGCCGCGAGUUCAGUAUCGUCUGUCGUUGGGCCACGGCCAGUUCAUCAUCGCGCUCUCCGCUGUCGCUCCUUACGCGUUUCGCCGGUGGUCCUUUCCCGCGCUCCGUUUGAAAAUUUACAAAACAACAGACUUUUUAAGAUUGUUAUAAAAACGACCUAUACACGUGUUGGCGGUGUUGUCGCCCGUGGGAUUUGUUUUUUUUUUUUUUUUUAUCCAAGUGACCAGUGACCAGUUCAUCUCGAUGGGAAAUCGUCCGCGGGUUACCGCUGCGGUGAAACGCGACAAACGGAUCCGUAAAAGUCAUCCGGACACGUUUUGAUCGAGUAUAACAAUUAUAUUACCAAAUAAAAUUAAAAAAUUCAAACAUUUCGAACACUCUCGGGACUCGGUCGGCGAUAAUAAUUAGUAAUAGCUAUUACCGUCCGGCACUUGCUGCUUUUUAGAACGUUAUUGUCACGACCUUAUACCCGUCUGACCAGUCCGGAAACCGCCAAGAUGCUGCUGCUCUACUUCGCCGUGGUCGGCCUGCUGUGUUCAAAUUUAAAACAUGCCACGGCGUUCAAGCAACAAUCGUUCAGGGUAACCCCCAAAGACGUUAACGCCCGGCAAGGUACGAACGUGACGUUGCGCUGUGAAAUCAACGAUAUCUCUGGUGACGUCCAAUGGACCAAGGACGGCCUGGCUUUGGGUUAUGCUGCUGAAAUACCGGGACAUCCCCGACACUCAAUGGUGAUCGAUGCUGGAAACGGAGUAUACAAUUUGCUAGUCAGAGAAAUCACGGUAAAGGACGACGCCUUGUACCAGUGUCAGGUCAGUCCAGGACCGAUACCAGGAAGCAAACCGAUCAGAUCUUCAGCCAGAUUGACCGUCCUCACGCCUCCCUCGUCUGUGAAAAUUACGGAUCUGAAUUUGGAUACCAUCUUGGAAGUACAAGAAAAUCAAGAAGCCGUCAUCGACUGCACGGCAAGAAACUCUAAACCGCCGUCGACAAUAGUUUGGUCUCGCGGCCACGUCGAAAUCAAUCCGGAGAAUCGAGAGGAAAACAUAACCGAAGAGAUUUCCGAAAUAAGCAAUACGAAAUUAUACACGGUCCACAGCCGAAUAAAGGUGAGGACUACUUCACAAGACGACCGUGUGAAAUACACGUGCGAAGCCCGACACGAGGCCCUGGCAACGCCGCUGAAGUCCUCCAUUCAAAUCAGAGUCCUAUACCCGCCGGGAAUACCGCACAUCGAAGGAUACACCGAGGGAGAUAUUGUGGACAAAGGGCAGCACGUAAACCUACGGUGCGUAUCGAAAGUGGGCAAUCCGCCGGCACAGCUCACUUGGUUCAAAAACGGUCACCUCAUACACAGCGAAUACAGGACAACGGAAAAAGUGUCGGAAAGCACGUACUCGUUCAUAGCCGACGUCUCGGACAACAACGCGAAGUACCGAUGCGAAGCAAAAAACUCAAUUAGCCCAGAUCCUCUGUACGCCGACGUCAUGUUUUCGGUGUCGUUUGCCCCCAGUCAAGUUAAGAUCAAAGGACCGGUCGAAGCGAAACAAGGAGACGCAGUGAGUUUGAGCUGUGAGACUGGUCGUAGCAACCCGCCUUCGGUGAUCAAAUGGCUGGUGGCCGGGGAACCUGAAAAGAACAGUACAUCUACUGUGGUAGCUGGGUCGCAGUCAAGUUGGAUAACUAAGUCUAAUGUGACUUUUGUCAUGCCGCUUGGACAACGGUCGGUGGUGGCCAUUUGUCAGGCCGUCAACAACCACCCGUCGGAUAAAGUAACAGCCAGUCACAAGGUCAACGUUUUGUAUCCGCCCGGAGCGCCGAUCAUAAUCGACUACUUGUCCGGCGAACGAAUUCCGACCGGAGAGGUGCUCAAGCUUUCUUGCCUGUCGACCGGCGGCAACCCGCUAGCGUCGCUCGCAUGGUACAAAAACGAUAAAAAGGUGCAUUCGACCAUAACGACCAAUGAAAAUUCCGUUUCGGCAGAUCUGAGUUUUAUGGUCAACUACACGGACAACGGCGCUAUAUUGAAAUGCGAAGCUACCCAUCCCGCACUGCAAGUCCCGAUGAUCAAAACGAUGAAAAUGGAUGUAGAAUUCAUGAUACAGCACCUGGAAAUCAAACAGGAUCCGGUGCACCUGAGACCGGGCACGCUGGCCACAUUCACCUGCGAGGGUGGGUCUAGCAACCCGUUGGUGAAGUUGAAUUGGUGUAAAAAUAACACACCCGUGCCCAAUGGUAUUAACAGCUUCUCUAAGCCCGGAUUGUACGGCGGAAGGAUUAGCAUCGUUCAAUUGACAUUAAAUAUCACGUCCGCGAUGGACGGCGUGAAUUACACGUGCCAGGGAUCGCAUCCGGUACUGAACAAGAACAUUUACAGAGAACACACCGUAAACGUUUUACGUAAACCUAUAUUCGAUCCGUACCCAGAGCAGAUCACGUUGACGGAAGGAGACGAUCUAUCCGUCACGCUGUUGGUGAAAGGUCGGCCAGAAUACUUGACUUACAAGUGGUCGAAAAACGAUGAACCGUUGCGCGUUUUGCCCGGGGUCAUACGACAGUCCAUUCAUAAUUGCAGCAUGAACAUCACGGAUUUGGUUCGAGGCGAUGCUGGGAAAUACACAUGCGAAGCGAUCAACACCGAAGGGUCUUCUUCCGUGUCGUUCGUGGUAUCGGUUAAAUACAAAGCCAUCGUAACCGACACUUCGGCCGCGGUGGUCGUAAAGGGAGGAGAAGAAGCAGUGCUCUGGUGUAAGAUCGACGGCUAUCCUUUAAGUCCCGUUCAUAUUUCCUGGACUCGGCCGAACUUCACUUUCGACAAGAGGACGUUUGUAGAGCUCAAGGACGGCACGUCCUACCUGACCAUACAUAACGUCACCAAAGAGGAUGCCGGGUCGUUCGAAUGCGCUGUCAACAACGGGGUGGGCAACAUAUCAUCGUUAUCAGCUGUACUGAUCGUUGAACAUAAACCGGAAAUUGUGCUCAAGGAAAACGAAUUGAAAACGGCCAGCAACGCGGGAGUCGCGGCCAAACUGCACUGCCGGGCUGCCGGUGCACCGUUCGUUCACUUUACAUGGGAACACGACGGAUCUAACAUAAAUAGCAUGAACGACAAGUAUGCCGUGGAAGAAAAACAGUUGGACUCGACGCGUUACGAAUCAACGCUAACAAUACUUCAAGUGGAGCAGUUCGAUUACGGCGAUUACUCUUGCACUGCCACCAAUCAUAUGGGCAGGGCUACUGCGGUAAACCGGUUGACCGUGUUCUCGCACCCCGAUCCUCCGACCAACCUGCGAUCCGUCAACCUCACACACAACGCAAUGCUCAUGGCUUGGUCUCCCGGCUUCGACGGCGGCGAACCGGCCACCUACCGCAUCCGGUACAGGGCGUUCAACAAGCAGACAUACCAUUACGAGGACUUGGGCAGCGAGAGCAGACACUUAAUCACCGGACUAGAACCGGCCACGACCUACCUGUUUGGUGUAAUGGCGCACAACAUAUACGGAGACAGUUCAUACGCAUUGGAAAGCCUAAAAGUCACCACAUUGAGCUUAACACCCAAGCAAGACAUAAGUCUGAGCAUCACGUCAGAACCUUUAAGCUCACUGCUGAUCUUGUUGUCCAUAAUAUGCGUUGGUCUUGUGAUAGUCGUGAACAUCUUCUGCUCCGCACUUUGUCUAUACAAUCGCGAGAAGACCGGCAAAGACGACAAGAAAGGGAUCGACAAGUCGCAGACCGGCGUCGAAAUGAAUGUCAACAACACGAGCUACGAGGAACACACGAGUUCUUCUACAUCGGACAAGACUGAGACCUACUCCAACGUGUCACCAGAAUAUAACGACGAUCAGCGGCAAAAGGCGGCCGUCGAACAGUCCUACAUGAUUGAACAAAUCGACUAUCCUUUCAUCACCGAAUCCAGCCAUUCCGCUUCCGAUCAAAUUCAGCCAUAUAAUCAGUACUACAACACAACGGACGACAACGUCUACGACCCAAACAUCAUGGCCGAGUACAACGUUCACGACAACAUAAACCUGGAAAGCCGUGUUUACCGUCACCACCAGCAAAUGCCGCCGCCGCCUCCUAUGCCCAUAAUGCCGGAAACGUCCCGGAUCGUGCCGCCGCUACCGAUCCUGAUCAACAGACCACCGCCGGCCAUACCCAUACCCCUGACCGCCGCCAAUAAAUACUACAACCAGCAAGAUCCUCCGCCCGACGUCACGGUGUUUUCGGCGCAAAACUAUUUCACCACUUUCGGGCACAAGCCCAGCGAGACCGAAGGACAUCUAGUCUGAGAACCGAUACAUACCGCACGAAUAUGAAUUUCCCUAUUCACCUACCUACCUACCUACCUACUUAACUAUACUGUUUUACCCAUUCGCUAAACCAUACGGCCGCCCCGGGUGCUGCACUCCAAUGACGAUGAUAUUUUGCUCACGAGUCACAAAACGCAACGGGUUUAACGCUUCGACGAGUCGAUUGUUGUCACAUCCCACAUCGACUGCGCCGCCGUUCUAGUCCUCUGCCCGUUUGCCGAAGGCGCCUGUUUAAAGGCAACAAGAACCAUCCUGUAACUUCCUACUUACUUACCUACCCUUUUUCUGCCUGCCCGCCCG